AUGGGCGGAGUGAAAGGAUGCGGACAACUCAGCACCAUUCAACAUGGAUCCUUUACUAUCGAGUCCUGUGGCAGCCCAUAUGAACAGAUUGCUAAAAGAAGCAAUGCAAGCUGCAUUCCAGAUGAAAGCUAUGCAUUUUCGAGCAUCGUUAGAUACAGAUGCGAGAAAUAUUAUGAACUGCAGGGACCGGAAUUCAGAAGAUGUGCAGAAGAUGGAGAAUGGACAGGACCCACCCCGUUUUGUAAGCCAGUAUGCGGAAAGAAGGCAAGUCAAAUUCAGCUAUCAGCAGGAGGAAAUAUAACUGAAAUCGGAGAAUGGCCAUGGCAAGCGGCCAUUUAUGACAUGAAGCAGGAAGAUGUUAUAUGUGGAGGGGCUCUUAUUAGGGAAGAAUGGGUGCUAACAGCUGCCCAUUGUGUCGUUGUAGAUGGCUCCAUCAGAACUCGGCAUCCUGAAGAAAUUUUUGUCUACCUUGGGAAGCAUUACCGAUCUGAUAUCAAGAAAGAUGAACACGUGCAGAUCAGACAAGUUCAGUAACUUUCUAAUAUUUUCGAACUUCCAUCAAUUCUUUCCUGAUUAUGUAAGCUGUCGCAAUCUCCUUGCAGGUGUCUAAAAUAAUCUUGCACAGGGACUUCAACGUGCAUAAUAACUACGACUCGGAUAUAGCCUUAUUGAAACUAGGAAGACCUGCUGUUCUAACGGCUCGAGUUCAGUUGGUAUGUCUCCCGAACCGAUUUGAUUUCUCUGAGGCGAACCUCGACAGUGGAAUGCCAGGAUGGGU